AAUUCCUUGUUCAGUUUGGGACAAAUGGCGGACAAAAGAACAAAGUUGUCAAAGCCAUUACCAAUUACCAUGAGAGAAACGACCAAAAUUGGAGAGGCGCAAUAUUCGAAGUGAAAAACAGCAUUAAACUCAGUGGCAAUUAAAACACUCCAUUAAUCUUCUCUCAUUAUAUAUAUCGUCAUCGUCAAAUCACUGUGUCGAAUUCUUCAUCUUUUUUUGCCGCCUUUGCCCCUUCCCUUCGAUCAUUCCAUUUUUUCUAUUUCUGUCGAUUCCGCUUUCCAAUUUUUAACUCUGCUUUCCUAAAUUAGCCUGUUUCACUUUUUCCCAUUUUCUUGAUUUAUAGAUCACAAUCCAAAAGCAUCAAGAUUUCUUGUUUUGCUUCUUUUUCUUGUAAUACAGUAGCAAAAUUUCAUCUGGGGUUUUCUUCAAUUUCAAAUUCAAAAGCUGAAUUCACAAUUCUGGGAACUGGGUUUCGAAUCUUGCUUGUAAAAGGUUGAAUCUGUAGAUGAUUCUAGAAUCUUGAGAGUCAAAAAGUUAGAUUUUUUUUUGGAGGAAGGAAAGGUGAAGAUGAGGAAUAAAGGGGAAAAGAAUGACCUGGAGAGUAGGUUGCCGGUUUCAGUAACAAGAGAUUCAACAGUUAGUCUUUUAAAGGUACUAACAACUUUGAUUGUAUUUGUAGUUGGAGUAGUUAUUGGAUUGACCUCAAGUUCACAUAUUGAUAGGUACUUUACUUUUCAAGCUGAACAAAUUAUUGCAAAUAAUGCAUUGGCUGAUACAGUGAGCAGAGCUAAUAAUAAUAACAAUAAUGGAAAGUGUAGUGUUUGUGAGAAGGAGGAUUGUUUAAGUAUGGAAAGUUUUGUUAGGCCAAAGAUUUUGAUUCAUGGAAUGUCUGAUGAUGAACUGUUUUGGAGGGCUUCAUUAGAGCCUUAUAAAGAGGAGUUUCCAUUUAAGAGAGUGCCUAAAGUAGCUUUUAUGUUCUUGACUAGAGGGCAAUUACCGUUAAUACCGUUGUGGGAAAGGUUCUUUGAAGGACAGGAUGUGAAUAAGUACUCUAUAUAUGUGCAUGCUUUACCAGGAUAUGUGCUGAGUAUUUCAAAUACCUCAGUUUUCUACAAGCGGCAAAUCCCAAGUCAGCAUGUUGAAUGGGGAUCAGUAACACUGGUUGAUGCUGAAAGGCGGCUUUUGGCCAAUGCCCUGCUCGACUUCUCAAAUGAGCGGUUUGUGCUCCUUUCUGAGAGCUGUAUUCCAGUUUACAAUUUCCCAACUGUCUACAAGUAUCUUAUUGGAUCCAUUCAUAGUUUUGUUGAAUCAUAUGAUGAUCCUUCUCGCUAUGGGCGGGGCCGCUAUAACCGCCGCAUGAAACCUGAUAUCAAACUUUCUGAUUGGCGAAAAGGGUCUCAAUGGUUUGAGAUGAACCGAACUUUAGCCGUUAGGGUAGUUUCAGAUACCAAAUACUACGAUAUGUUCAGAAGACUUUGCACACCUGCUUGCUACCCCGAUGAGCACUAUAUUCCUACUUUUAUUCGAUUGUUCUAUGGACCUUUAAAUGCCAACCGGACAGUGACGUAUGUUGACUGGUCCGUAGGGGGUCCUCACCCUGCAACAUUCGGCGCGGUUAAUAUUACUGAAGGUUUCUUACAGUCGAUAAGGAACAAUGGAACAGCAUGUUCAUACAACUCAGAGAAGUCACAUAUCUGUUACCUCUUUGCUAGAAAGUUUGAACCAAGUGCUCUAGAACCUUUACUGAACCUCAGUUCUAGCGUGUUGGAAUUUUGAAGAGAAAUUUUGGGAGAUAAGGGUAUCUUUUUUCACCCUUUCUUGUGAUUGAUUUUGAUGUUAGAUCUUUUGCACACCAGUUCAAGUCUGCAUUAUGAGUUAUUUGACGCUUGUAGUAACAUGAUACAGAAUUUCUUGGAGAGGAUUUAGGUUCUUAAAAUUGAGGGGAAAUAUGCAGACGGUGAAAUUUGCCACUAUUUUUGUAGUAGGGGGAAUUAUAACGAUAUUCAAGAUGGUUUUGUA